AUGAAGUACUCCUACGUCCUCCUGGCCACCGCCGGCCUCGCCGUCGCCCAGCAAAAGUUCACCGACGUUAUCCCCAAGUGCUCCGUCGAGUGCCUGACCCAGGCCGUCAAGGACGGCACCAAGUGCAGCAGCAUCGACGACUCGGCCUGCAUCUGCGAGGCCACCAACUACCGCAACAUCUACACCGUCGGUGUUCCCUGCGUCCUCCAGUCCUGCCCCAGCGACGUCGCCACCGGCGAGCUCCUCCCCGCCGCUGCCAAAUUCUGUCGCGAGGUCACCAACGGCGCCUCGGUCCCCCCCGUCGAGUCCGCCUCCGCCGCCGUCUCUUCCGCCAUCGCCUCUCUCUCCUCCGCUGCUGCCUCGGCAUCGGCUUCCGCAUCGGCCUCUGUGUCUGCUGCCGCUUCCGGCGUCACUACCUCUGCCUCCGUCACAUCCGCCCCCACCGCCGCCGCUUCCGGCUCGGGUGCCGCUGCUACCUCCACGGCUCAGCCCGCCGCCGCCGCCGCCAUGGGCUCUAUGGGCGCAUUCGGUAUGAUCGCUCUCGGAGCUCUCGCCGCCCUUUGA